UUAUUUUUACAAUAAAACCUCUUUUACAGAUUGGAACGGAAGCAAUAAAUAAAUUAGAAAUAACAAUGGUGGCCCGAGCAUUGAGCCUCCUGCUCCGAAAAUACAACACAAGCACAGGUGGCGCGGUGUCUCGGUGAGGGGACAUGGGGGGCGCGGACGGAGACUACCUGCUGGAGUGGGAGGCUCUGUACCUGCGGCUGCCGGGGUCCAGCAACCACUCGUGGAACUCGACGGAAUGGGCUCCCGAAUGGAACGCCACCGAGAUCUCGAACACCAGUUGGUGGGAUUCGUCCGCGCCCUUCGACUCCACUGCGGCGCUCGUGCGCGCCGCCGCCAAGGCUAUUGUUCUCGGCUUACUCAUUCUAGCUACUGUUGUAGGUAACGUAUUCGUAAUAGCCGCCAUACUGCUGGAGCGGCACCUGCGCAGCGCGGCCAACCAGCUGAUCCUCUCGCUGGCGGUGGCGGACCUGCUGGUGGCUUGCCUGGUCAUGCCGCUGGGCGCGGUGUACGAGGUGGCGCAGCGCUGGACGCUGGGCCCCGAGCUCUGCGACAUGUGGACGUCGGGCGAUGUCCUCUGUUGCACCGCCUCCAUAUUGCAUCUUGUCGCUAUUGCUCUCGACAGGUAUUGGGCUGUGACAAAUAUAGAUUACAUUCAUGCACGCACCGCGAAGCGAAUAGGCGCCAUGAUCGCGUGUGUGUGGGUCGUCAGCUUCAUGGUCUGCAUCGCACCGUUACUGGGCUGGAAGGACCCCGACUGGAACCGGCGGGUUUCUGAAGACCUACGUUGCCUCGUUAGUCAAGAUGUGGGCUAUCAAAUAUUUGCAACAGCCUCCUCGUUCUAUGUGCCAGUACUGGUUAUAUUAAUACUGUAUUGGCGAAUAUAUCAAACGGCUAGAAAGAGAAUACGCAGACGACGAGGAGCUACGGCCCGCGGCGGCGUAGGGCCGCCACCCGUGCCGGCGGGCGGGGCGCUCGUCGCGGCCGGCGGCAGCGGUGGAAUCGCAGCUGCCGUCGUUGCCGUUAUAGGACGACCGCUGCCCACUAUUUCCGAAACCACCACCACCGGUUUCACUAAUGUAUCAUCAAACAACACGAGUCCAGAAAAGCAGUCGUGCGUAAACGGCCUCGAACAAGACCCACCGACCACCGGCUACGGGGCCGUCGCCGCCGCCUACUACCCGACGCUGGUGCGGCGAAAGCCGAAAGAGGCCGCCGACUCGAAACGAGAAAGGAAAGCGGCGAAAACUCUUGCAAUAAUAACGGGCGCAUUUGUGGCCUGCUGGCUACCGUUCUUCGUGUUGGCCAUCCUGAUGCCGACGUGCAGCGACUGCGAAGUGAGCCCGGUGCUGACAUCGUUUUCGCUGUGGCUGGGCUACUUCAACUCCACGCUCAACCCGGUCAUCUACACGGUGUUUAGCCCGGAGUUCCGGCACGCGUUCCAGCGGCUGCUGUGCGGCCGGCGCGCGCGCCGCCGCCGCGCUCCCCCGUAGCAUUCCCCCGCCCCCGUCUCGGUCCCCGCCCCGCUCGCUGUUGUCUCUGCUCGACUGACCUCGUCUAGAUCGACACACGUUAUGUUACCUUGUUACAUUUUCAGAGAUAUAUUUACACCCCUUUAUUUUUUGUACGUGAUGAAUGUGAAUAUGAAUAGCUGUCUAGUAAAUGAAUUUAAAACUCUCUAUAUAA